UCAAUAGUCGUGAAAUUUUUGUUUAAUUAAUAAAAAAUGGCGCCAAAGAAGAAAACGAACAAAAAGCCGAUUGAAAUAAAACAAACGCUACGUAAUGAAAGGAAAACAAAUUUCAAUAUUUGCAAAGUGAUAACGAUAGGGGGGGCAGUUGUUAUAGCGAUGUUGUUCUACAAAUUUUAUAGUUCAUUUUUGGCAACACCCGAUCUACCAGAAUUUGACUUGAAUGUCUGGUGGGGACGAAAUACUAGUGAAAGACAUGAUACAUCUAUACGGCCUUACCGGAUUUUAUUCAGCGAUUCUAUGCAAGAAAAUUUGAGAAGAAAAAUGGAAGCGUACCGUAGAGCAACACGAGUUAAGAGCUUAGAAGAUUCUUCGAAAUACGGUAUAAAUUAUGACGUACUUGGACAGAUAUUCGCUCAUUGGCAGUUUAAGUACAAGUAUGGGUCGCGUGUCAAAUACUUGAACCAGUAUAACCACUACAUAACGAACGUCCAAGGUUUGGAUAUACAUUUCAUGCGUAUAAAACCAAAAAAUACGGAAAAUCUCAAGGUUGUACCUUUACUGCUCAUUCAUGGAUGGCCCAGUUCUGUGAGGGAUUUCUAUGGCAUCAUACCUUUACUUACAUCAGCUAAGCAGGAAUACAAUUUUGUGUUUGAGGUGAUCGCCCCAAGUUUACCAGGAUUUGCUUUCUCUCAAGCACCAGCUAGACCUGGAUUAACAACAUACCAAAUGGCCAUUGUAUUAAGAAACCUAAUGGCAAGGAUUGGUCAUAAGCAGUUCUACGUACAUGGAGGCGAUAUUGGUCAUGCUAUUGGCUCACAUAUGGCCACACUAUUUCCAAAUCAAGUACUUGGUUUUCAUUCAAGUACUCCAGUCAAUCCGUCAAAGUUGGCGCAUUUAACUCUGAUGUUGGGAGAAAUUUGUCCAAAAUGUGUAGCAAACGAUUUAGUUGAUAAAAUAUAUCCUUACACGGAUAAACUACAGUUUUAUUUAGAGGAAUCAGGGUAUUUACAUUUGCAGAGCACUAAGCCGGAUACUGUGGGUAUAGCUCUCCAAGAUUCUCCAUUAGGGCUAGCCUCGUAUAUAAUUGAAAAGUAUUUGCUUUUCACUGACCCAGCAAAUAAGUACACACACGAUGGUGGUCUUGGUGCAUUCAAUGUAACCGAUUUGAUGGAUAACGUGCUCGUGUAUUGGAGUACUGGAAGUAUCACCACAUCGCUCAGAUUGUAUAAGGAAAGUAUUCUCAACUAUGAAAUGGAAGAAACUCUUUCGAGAAUCCCAACAUCUGUUCCCACUUGGGGUCUCCGAACUAAAUACGACUUGAUUCAGCAACCCGACUUUAUCUUGCGUUGGAAAUACCCCAAUUUAGUCCGUACUACCAAUUUAGAUGUAGGAGGUCACUUUGCUGCCUUCGAGAAGCCCAUUGAAGUUUCUAGUGAUAUUUUUGAGGCUGUUAAAGUUUUUUCGUCUAUGAAAAAGUGAUGAGUUGAAUACGAUUUUUUAUGAAAUAUAAAAAUGUUUGAAAAUGUUUAUUUUUU